AUGCCAGCAGCUUUCCUCUUUUUCAUAGGUAGCCUCCUCUUGGUCGUGCGACUACUGAGAUGCUACUUUUGGCUAUCGAAUAUACCCGGGCCGUUCUGGGCCAAGUUCACAGAUCUUUGGCGGUUCCGCUCUCAGAACACCAGAGGACACACUGCCAGACUUAUCGCACUGCACAUGAAAUACGGAAAGCUCGUGCGCUUGGGACCCAACCAUGUCAGCAUCAGCGACCCGGCCGCCAUUCCCAUCGUUUACAGUACCAACCCGACGUGGAAGAAAGGUCCGUCCUACUAUGGGGCUGUUCCCGUCAGCAAGAAGCGGGCGGUGCCCAGUAUCAUUGCCAUGAGCGAGUCACAGCACACGGCGGUCCGCAAAUCGGUCGGCCGGGCCUUCACAACAAACUCGCUGCUGGACUACGAGGAUUCGAUAGAAGCUACCGGCAAGGAGUUGAUCGAUUCCCUCGCUAAGAACUCGGAGACCGACGUCGGCCAGUGGCUUCAGUUCUUUGCCAUGGAUAUGUUGAUUCGCAUCGCCUUUACGGACACGUUGGGAUUACUGGCCAAGGGUGCCGAUAUUGACGGGACACUUGCAGCUGUAAUGGCGCGAUUCGACCAUUGGGGCCAAUGGGGUGCAAUGCCUGAUACCGACUUCUUCCUCAACAAGAGCUGGCUCGCAACACGCCUACGAGGAGUUGGUAACAGUCCCCUUGCCCGGGUUUCAAUGACCAAGCUGGAAGCGAGGAGGGAGGAUGCAAAUAAGCAAAAGUAUAAAGAUCUUUGCUCGAAAUUCCUCAAAGGCCAGGCGAAAUAUCCCGAUCUCGUGCGACAGGAUGAGCUCCUAGGCAUCAUCAUGUCUACCAUUGGUGCCGGUGCUGACACCACGGCCGGUACUCUGACAUAUACUCUUUACUUCCUCUCAAAGUACCCAGCUACAAGGACGAAGCUUUUGCAAGAGAUCGAAGAACACCUUCGUACCGGUAAACUGUCCCACCCGCCGAAAUGGACGGAAGUUAGCAAUAUGCCUUACCUGGAUGCGGUGCUGAAGGAGUCGAUGCGACUUCUUCCGGUCGCAUCCUGGGGCCUUGACCGGGUCGUGCCCCCAGCAGGCGCAAUGAUUGCGGGCAAGCUUAUUCCCGGGGGUACAGUCGUUGGAUGUCAGAUCGAUGCCGUCCACCUGGAUGAAGGCGUCUACGGCAAGGAUUCAACUUUGUACAGACCGGAGAGAUGGCUUGAAGCAACCGAAGACCAGCGCCGGCAAAUGGACCGCUCGUUUCUGGCAUUCAGUGCGGGCAAGAGGGUGUGCACGGGCGUUCAUAUUGCGUGGCUGGAGAUGAAGAAGACACUUCCAUUGUUGUUGAUGAAUUUUGAUGUGAGUAUAUCUUCACUCUAA